AUGACGUCCAGGCUCAAGCACAAGCUCGAGCUGGAGAAUGUCAAUCUCAAUAGUGCUUAUCUGAACGAAUCGUUCGUACAGAUUGGUACACCCCUACCAGCUCUAUCAGAACAUAAGAAAGACAAACAGGAGUAUGUACCAGAAUGGCAGCAGGAGGUUCGAGAUGAACAAGGUCGAAGACGGUUUCACGGCGCGUUCACGGGAGGGUUCUCAGCUGGCUAUUACAAUACAGUAGGAUCGAAGGAAGGCUGGGCACCGUCGACAUUCAAAUCAUCUCGAAAUAACCGAGCUAACAAAGUACAAAGAGCUGAGGAUUUCAUGGAUGAAGAGGAUUUACAACAUAUGAGGGAAGAUAGGAAAUUGGAGAAUACCGAUACAUUUAAAAAUGAUGGGUUUGCAGGUACGAGAGAGGAAUUAGGUGGGAAAAGUCUACCAUCAGCUAUUGAAUCACUCAUUGCACCUUCACGGUCUUCCAUCGGUGAAAAGCUCUUGCAGAAAUUAGGCUGGAGACCUGGACAAGGUAUUGGACCUAGAGUCACUCUGAGAAAAUUGAAACUGCAGCAAGGGAAACUUGGCAAAGCUAGAGCGGGAAUCAACGAUGAUGAAGAUGGACAAAUGGGAGACGAUGAAGAAGGCUCCAAACAUACAUUCGCUCCUAGGGAUGUAGCGUUGUUGACAUUCGAUGCGAAAGAAGAUAAGCAGGGUUUAGGGUUCGUGAAAGGAAGAGGGAUGUGCCCAUUACCUGGUAAAAGACCCGCGAUGGGAGCGAGACAGCUGGAUGACGAUGAUUACGAUCCAUACUCGGAAGCUGGACCUUCGAGUCGACCUUUGGCAUUUGACGGAUUAGACGAUGAUGACGAAGUGAUAGUGAUGGGAGGCUCCACUCGUCCAGGAUUGGGAUCAAGAUCAAAUAUGGAGAAUCGAUAUAGUGCUGGAAGAGAGGUGCAGCAGGAUACAUGGCACGAUGGCAGACCUGUGUUGAAAGGGUUCGCAUUAGAUCCCAAAGGUGUUCCACAGGAUAAAUGGUUUGCUAUGCCUGAUAUACCGCCUGAUUGGAGACCUCGUCCUGCUCGAGUGUGGGGGACCACCAAGAAAUGGGAUCAGAAACCUGGUGAAGAGGAAGUGAAGAAGGAGGUGAUCAGGGGUGAACCUGGAAAACCUCUAACGUUCGAACAGCGUGGAGCAGCAUUAGGUGAGGAACAACGUACAUCCAAAGCCAAAUCGGUAUUCGAGUACAUGUCUUCCAAAGAUCGAGAACGUCUUGCAUCAAUAGCAUCUACAAUUGCGCAACCACCACCGCAGUCACUAUCGCUCCAACCACCUCCAGAGGAAGAGGAAGUCGUGGCUCCUGCGGCGACCGAAGUGGAUAUUCCACCUUUAUCACCUCGAACAGCCUCGGCAGCUCUAAAGGGUUUUAUACCCUACGGUGAUGAUUUAGAGAAACAAGAUCGAUACAAAUCAUAUCUCACUUCUCAAACGUAUAAUACCACAGAACCUAACCCAAUCUUGAAAAAAGGUACGAUCGAAGAGAUAAAUAAAGAAUUAAGGGAUUUUUCAUCUUCCGCUCGCAUCUUCCGUCCAAUGUCAUAUGCGAUGUCCAACAGAUUCACGAGCGGAUCAUCAAGUUUGGCGGUAUCAGAUUUGAAACAGGCCAAACCUGGUUUACACGUAUUUGAUGCUGAGAAAGCGAAGUUGGAUUUAGAAUUAGGAAAGCCAAAGGUAGCCGAGGUUGUGGAGGUAAAGAAAAUUCUAACACCAAGAGAACAAGCUGCCGCUAGUGGGAUGUACGGCAAGAUGACAAGAGAAACUAGGAAUUGGUACCCUACCAAAUUGAUUUGCAGGAGAUGGGGUGUCAAGGAUCCUCAUCCUGAAGGAGAUCCCAAUGUGGGUAGAGAUCAGAAGAAUACCAUUAAUGGCAAUAAUGCUUUGGACACUACGCCUUUACCUUCAAAUGAUGCAAGUUGGGAAUCCAAAUUUAUACAUCAACCUACCACGACUACCACCACCACUACAAACGCAGUAUCGACGAGUACGAAUACGAAUGAGGGUGGUGGAAUAACUGGCGAUAAUGAAGUAGAAAAACAACCUACGAAUAUAUCGGAAGUGGGGAUGGCCAACGAUCUCAAUCAAGGUAAAGAUAUAUUGACUUACGAGAAACCUUCGAUUGAUAUCUUCAAAGCUAUCUUUGCGAGUGACGACGAAGAUGAGGAUGAAGAUGAUGAGCGAGAAGUGGACAAUUCUAACACGGAAAUGGCACGAAAAGAAGAACCAAGAAAGUAUGAGGAUCCAUUCCCUGUAAAGGAAGAAGGUCCAGUGGAUAUACAAACUUUCAAACCUGUUUUCACGCUUCGUAAAGAAGAUAUCACAACCGACUCCAAGAAGAAGGACAAAGAGAAGAAAAAAGAGAAGAGUAAGAAGAGGAAAGGUGUUUUAUCAUUCGAUGUUGGCGAUGAAGGUGAGGAUGAAGAUGUACAAAGGGAAGAAAAGAAGAAAAAGAAGAAAGACAAGGACAAGGAUAGGAAUACAUCUAGUGGUAGUCAUAUUGAGAAUGAAGGAGGAGAAGCAGAAUGGGUUGAAAAACCAAGUGUUGUACCGAGAUUGGUAGGAAGGAAAGGCGCAGCUGAUUUCAUGUAA